GCGAAGGGCGUGUCUAAGAAGGAAGGAGCCAAGAGGAAGGUUAACAUGAGUGGUUACAUCCUAUUCAGCAGUGAGAUGCGUUCGGUCAUCAAGACCCGCCACCCUGACUUCUCCUUCGGGGAGCUCAGCCGUCUGGUGGGCACGGAGUGGAGAAACCUGGAGGCUCCCAAGAAAGUAGAGUAUGAAGGUAGGAAGGCCAGGGAAGCAUGCUAGUACUGAGGCAUCUCUAUGGAGACUUUGUUUCACCAGUGAAUUCAUACACAGGUUGAGAUCUGCAAUCAGAAUCAGAUUGGUGAUGACAAUAACCAUGUUUCCAUCCAACCUUUUCCUGCGAGUAAAGUACAUGUUGGAUAAAAAAUGUAACGUCCGGCCUGAUGGAAACAGCAAAUUUGUCUGUAAACUUUCCAAAUGUCGACAAAACAAAAUACGCUAGUCCAUAUCCCUAGCCAAACAUCUGACAAACUUGGAUCUUGGAGUGUUAUGUCCCUUCAAUGUUAGCGUUAUGAAUUAAUCCAAGCGUGCGUAUUGCUGUUUGUUCCAGAGCGGGCAGCCAGAGUGGUGGAGCAGCAGGAGAGGGAGAGGGUAGCCCAGCAGCAAGCGUCCCCUAGAGCAGGUACCCCAGUAGGGUCCAUGAUGGGGGUGGUGCCUUCAACUAGCCACAUGGGAAUGAUGCCUGGUCCAGGUAACCCCUUCCUCACAGAGACAGACAUCCCAAAUCAACCACUAGCCCCUAAGCACCCAGAUAUACAGUGCCUCAUGGGUAGUGGCUAGGGGAGAUUUGGGAUUCAGGGAGAUGGCACGAUUGCUUGGGACUUAGCAACUACCCGGGAAAUAAUUAAGCUGGACUGCUAAAACAAUUCAACCUUAAUUUAUUUACCCUCGUCCCCUAUCCGGAAAUUGCCCAUUCAAAAUUGUCCAUUGGCUUUCAACUGCAUCUCCAUUAUAGGCUGUGAUUGUUUUCGUUUCUGUUGCUGAUCAUUUUUAUUUAAUAUUAUUUCAUCUGUUUUAUAUUUUGUUUUGCAUCAAAUGCAUUGAAUCAAAGUUUGCAUGAUCCAAAUUAACAGCAUGACCAAAAAUUGUAUUUGUAUUAUUUAACCUCUUCUUUACAGUAACACCCAUGCUUGUUUUACUUACUAACUGGUUUAACUUAAUCUUUUAUCAUUAAUAUGUAGUGCAUGUCUUUUGGAUAGUCAGUUGCAUGUCACUUAUGCAUGGUUAUCUUGUUGUCAUUCCCGGCCCCCCCUCCUCCUCCUAAGGCAUGAUGGGAGCUUACGGCCCCCCCUACAGCAUGCCCAUGCAGGGCCCCCAUGAGGGCUUGCUGGGUAUGGGCCCAAUGCCACCUCACCAUAUGGGCCCGAUGCCCCCCCAACACCUCCAGCCAGGUAUGCCCUACCUGGGUAAGGACCCCACUCACACUCCAGGCCAAGGCCAUACCUGUCCUGGUCAGUCAUUAGCUUCCAGUCAGUCGUGUCUUGGUCUCUCCUGCUGGAGGGGUUUACCUGGUCCACAGACAGGCUGUGCUGUGGUGGCCCACUGACCACUCAGGCUGCCAAGCCUGGUCUCUGUCUGUCUGUCUGUCUGUUCUGAGACGGGAAAACGUAUACCUGAGUUGGCGAGGUAAAGGUUGCUUAACAAAACACUUUGAAAAGUAAAGAAGGUAGCUGAACAUUCUAUUGCUCUGCAUCAGAGCUGCAGUGCCUAUAGAAAGUCUACACCCUCUUGAACUUUUUUCAAAAAAUGUUGCGUUACAAAGUGGGAUUGAAAUAGAUUUAAUUGUAAUUUUUGGUCAUCGAUCGACACAAAAUAUUCCAUAAUGGCAAAGUGAAAAGAAAAUUAUAUAUAUAUUUUUUACAAAUUAAUACAAAUUAAAUAAAUGAAAUAUAGUUGUUGCAUAAGCCUAAAUGAGUUCAGAAGUAAAAUGUGGCUUAACGAAUCGUAUAAGUUAUAUGGACUCACUCUGUGUGAAAUAAUAGGGGUUGACAUUAUUUUUUUAUGACUACCCCUUCCUCUGUCCCCCAUACAUACAUCUGUAAGUAUUGAAUUUCAAGCACAGAUUAAACUACAAAGACCAGGGAGCUUUUCGAAAGCCUCAUAAAGAAGGGUAGUGAUUGGUUGAUGGGUAAGAAUAACAAAUCAGACAUUUGAAUAUAUCUAUAAACAUGGUCAAGUUAAUAAUUAUGCUGUGGAUGAUGUAUUAAACCACCCAGACACAUCAAAGAUGCAGUCGUCAUUCUGAACUGAGCUGCAGGACAGGAAGGAAACUGCUUAGGGACUAACUGUAAGUCGCUCUGGAUAAGAGCGUCUGCUAAAUGACGUAAAUGUAAAUGUCACCAUUAGGCCAUUGAUUUUAAACAGCUACAUAGUUCAAUGACUGUGAUGGGAGAAAACUUAGGAUGGAUCAACAACAUUGUAGUGACUCCACAAUAAUGACCUAAAUUACGGAGUGAAAAGAAGAAUACAAAUAUACAGAAAACAAAUAUUCCAAAACAUGCAUAUGUAUGCAAAAAGGCACUAAAGGAAUACUGCAAAGGAAUACACUUUUGGGCCUAAAUGCAAAGCCUUAUGUUUGGGGCAAUCACAACACAUCACUAAGUAACUGCCUCCUUAUUUUCAAGCAUGGUGGUGGCUGCAUCAUGGUAUGGGUAUGCUUGACAUCGGCAAAAACUGGGGAGUUUUUCAGGAUGAAAAUAAACUGGAUGGAGCUAAGCACAGGCAAAAUCCUAGAGGAAAACCUGCUUCAGUCUGCUUUACACCAGACACUGGGAGAGGAAUUCACCUUUCAGCAGGACCAGAACCUACAACACAAAGCCAAAUCUACACUGGAGUUGCUUACCAAGAAGACAGUGAAUGUUCCUGAGUGGCCAAGUUACAGUUUUGACUUAAAUCUCCUUGAAACUCUAUGGGAAGACUUGGAAAUUGCUGUCUAGCCAUGAUCCCCAACACCUUGACAGAGCUUGAAUAAUUUUAAAAAGAAUAAUGUGCAAGUAUUGCACCAUACAGGUGUGCAAAGCUCUUAUGAGACAUAGCCAAGAAGACUCACAGCUGUAAUCGCUGCCAAAUGUGUUUCUAACAUAUAUUGACUCAGGGGGUGAAUACUUAGCUAAUCAAGGUAUAUUAGUGCUUUAUUUUUCAUCUAUCUUUUUUUUUAAGUAAGCAUUUUUCUUCCACUUUGACAUUAGAGUAUUUUGUGUAGAUCGUUGACAAAAAAUGACAAUUCAAUUCAUUUUAAUCCCACUUUGUAACACAAUAAAAUGUGACGAAAUCCAAGGGGGGUUGUAGACUUUCUAUAGGCACUGUUUAUAGUGUGUGGCUACCUUCUCUUCAAACUGUCUGUCUGUCCGCCAGGCGGUCAAGCACUACACGGGUUCCACCGUCCUUUACCUCUUCUCUACACAUUCGCACAGUAUUACUCUGUUGUAUUUACUCGCAUAUCUCAGAAUCCAUGUUCCACUCAAUUAACACACAAACAAACAUGUAAUGCAUGUGGUGAUAUGACUACAAAUAAACCCUCAGUCUCACCACCAGUUUCUGUAUUUAAAAAAAGCGCACACAUUUAUUCUACAGCAUGCAUUCUAUGCACAUCCACCAUACGUUAUACAUCCUACACUAACAAUGCUUGUUGUUUUGUCAUGAUUGUGUGUGGAAACUCAUUGUUGUUUUUGUGAUAGGCAUGAUGGGUCCUGGUAUGAAUGGCAUGCAAGGAAGUCCCGGAGGCCACUACUACAUGCAACAGGUAAAAGCCUAACUGAUUACUAAGGACUACCAAUGAGCUACUGCACUCUGAUACUGUUUUCUAUAACUUGUGGGACAUGAUUUUUUGUUGUUGUUGGGAAUUCCCCUGUUUGGAUUUUCCAAAAGUUCCAUAGACUGUAUAUUGUACCCAAAUGCAGUGGAAAAGCAGUGCCCUUAUCUUGUUUUCCUGUAUCUCCCUCAGCCUGGGAUGUUUAGCCCGGGGCAGCAGGCUCCUCCACCCUACCCAGGCCAGCUAGGGCAGCCCUCUCACCUCCAGCCCAUGACUCCCAUGUUUGUGGCUCCACCGCCCAAGACACAGAGGGUGCUCCACUCUGAGGCCUACCUCAAGUACAUCGAGGGCCUGAACGCGGAGACUGACACGGUCAGCAAGUGGGACCAAUCUCUCAAAGGUAUAUUUCUACUCACAAAUGUGCUGUUCUUCUCUACGCACCUGUACUGCAGCAUACUGAAUUAACUCCAAUGAAUUGAGCGCAACAAUUUCCUUCUCACUCUACUCCCAUGUAUUAUCUGUCUCUUGAAUAGCUGUCCUCUUAGGUGUCCUUUAUUGCUGAGUUUCUACACUUCUGUUUGUGGGUGUGUGUUGUGGCAUGUGAGCAAAAUGGGUAAAGUCUGUCAUUUCCACAGCGCGUCGGAGAGAUGCCCACCUGUCCAAAGACCAGGAGAGCAGGCUCCCUUCCCAUUGGCUGAAGAGCAAGGGAGCCCACACGACGAUGGCAGACGCACUGUGGCGCCUGCGGGACCUGAUGCUUCGAGACUCACUGAACAUACGUCAGACAUACAACCUGUAG